AUGUACGAACUCACCAAUGAAAGACCCAAUACCGUUGUUGAGCCUGUUCAAGUUCCACCAGAUAGUGGAAUGGGAGCUGGAGAGACACGCUUGUUUAUCAGUUUAGCCGAGCGGGGAUAUAAGCCUCUCAUGUCUGGACACUGGGCUGAUGACUUCGAGACGCUACCAGCCUCAUUGUUCACCAAGGUAAAGAAUGGGAAGAUACCAGAAAACGAGCAAGGCUUAGUCUUUAAGGAAAAGAAGGGAUCCGAGUUCGACGCUAUAAAGGCGUUGCAAGAGCUUCUCACAGUUGGUGGCCGCUUUAGAGACUGCAAAAUGUUGAAGGCUCGCACUGAAAGAAUAAUUCAUCAUGCGGUUCAGAAGUAUCUGCGCUGGGCCAUUAAAGAUGGUAAUCUCAAGAUAUCGCCAGAGAUGAUUCCCGUUCAUAUGGUUGGUUGCCAGAGGGGGGAUGAAGAUACCAUCACUAUUAUCACACGAGCGUCCAAGAAAUUAGAGCGACUAGCUAAACGCCAUCAAGAUGCACACGCAGACUUCGAAAAUCCUUACUGGCCAACUUUACUUGGAUUUAUUCUUUGUGGCCCUAUCUUCUCUAUUGUAUCCGUUGAUACCGAUCCCAAAGAUGCUCGCUGGUCUUCUACUGCGUCUGAUACUCCGAUAAAGUAUCUCUCCUACUUUGAUAUUUCUGAUUUUGACCAGGACGUGUGGAACUCUCUUGCGAUAGCUAUUUCGAUUCUUCACAUUAGGGAUACGAUGGCUCAGCUUGCCAAUGUUUAUUCAGGCUCUCUUGUUCCUCAUUUUCGUGCUCCGGGUGAGGAUGACACGGAUGAUGAGGACUUUUGA